GACUAAACUCGCUUUCUCUUUAAUUGUCAUAACAUUUAUUAAAAGAUCCAAUUUAAAAAGCACGAAUGGUAAAAAAGUGCUUAACAAAUAACAAUCCCCAAAAAAAAACCUUGAAAAUUUUUAAUUUUUUUGGACAAUUCCUAGCAAAAAAAAAAAAAAAAUCCGAAAACAUCAAAGUCCUAAUUGAUUAAAAAUGGUCCAAUAGGAUCUGCGCAGCUCCCAUUGACUUCUAUAGGACCAUGACAACGUUAACCUGGUGAAUUUUUCAUUAGAGUUUGUCUUGGUUUUUACACUUAAUAAAUGUUGAAUUUGUAGAGUUACAGAAAUAUAGAAAAUGCAUACAUUUUUAGAAAUUUGUGGAAACAAUUUUGUUAAUAAAUACCCCCCCCCCAAUCUUUCUGUAUUUUAACUAGGGAUGCACGGAAUCCAGGAUUCUGCCUUUUUCAGCAGGAUUCGGGCGAAGAAAGUAAAUAAUAUUUUCCCCUUCCUACCCCUAAUUUGCAUAUGCAAAUUAAGUUUCUGUUCAGUAUUCGGCUGAACCUUUCGCGAAGGAUUUGGGGGUUUCGGCCGAAUCCAAAAUAGUGGAUUUGGUGCAUCCCUAAUUUUAACUGUGGUGUAGAGGGUAAACUACAGCAUACAUAUGCUUCUCCUGCAGGCCCUGGAGUAUGGGACUGGAACUGUAACAUGAAGUUUCUUCUCCUUGAAUUGAAAGUAACAUGAUUAAGUGUGUAUAUGAGGAGAGUGUAUAAAAUGUGCCUGUGAGGAGUGACGUGGGAUAAGGGUAUGGAAUAGAAGUGUAAGCUAGAGAUUUAUGAGCAGUGUCACAGGUAUGGGAUAGGGUGACCCUAAAGGAAAGACUAAUAAAAUCAGCUUAAAGUGCUUAAUUAGGGAAGGCUUAAAUUGCUCUUGUGCUCGGCCAUCAUAUGAAUAUUGUUGAAUGAAAAGGCAGCAGAGAUGGAGCUCCACUGGAACAAUGUACUGGGUCUACUUUUUCUGCUUGAAGUGAUGCCAAAUGAAUGGCAAAGUAUAAGUGGCAAGUUUGAGGGCCAGGGCGGCUCUGGAUCCUCUCUGAUUAGCCGUGUAAUUGCAUCAGACUGUAUGCCAGAAUGUCCAUAUCAUAAACCUUUAGGAUUUGAAUCAGGGGCCGUGAUUUCAGAUCAGAUGAGCUGUUCCAAUCAGGAUCAGUACACAGGAUGGUACUCGUCAUGGACUGCCAACAAGGCAAGACUUAAUGGCCAAGGAUUUGGUUGUGCAUGGCUGUCAAAAUUCCAAGAUAAUGGGCAGUGGCUUCAGAUUGAUUUUAAGGAAAUCAAGGUGAUUUCGGGCAUAAUGACACAGGGAAGGUGUGACAUAGACGAGUGGAUGACUAAAUACAGUGUUCAGUAUAAAACUGAUGAUACCUUAAAUUGGGUCUACUACAAGGAUCAAACAGGAAACAAUCGGGUAUUUUAUGGAAAUUCUGACAGAUCGUCUACAGUGCAAAAUUUCUUGCGUCCUCCAAUUGUCGCCCGUUACAUCCGACUCCUCCCACUGGGAUGGCAUGUUCGCAUUGCUGUGAGAAUGGAACUGCUCGAGUGCAUGAGUAAAUGUGCUUAGGUAUCAGGCAGCACCCAAAUCAUACAUGCCCCCCCUUACAGAAAGUGUUUAUGAUUAUUUACAAAUGUAUUGUUUUAAAUGGAAAUUCUGUAAUGCCACGUUCAAAGAAGAGGAACUGGUCUGAACGUACUGUCUGUAAUUUACGA